CGGGGGGGGGCAGCCGGAGCCUGCCACAAAGCGAGGGGCUCCCGCAGCCCCAUCCCACCACCGCCGGGGGUCCAGGAGGAGCUUGGGGGGGGGGGUCGAAAUAUUCCGGGGAGGGCUCGGGGGGUGUCGGGUCCCUGCGGUGCUCUCAGCUCCAGCUCUCCCUUAGGGCAUCCGGGGUCUCGCCCUGCCCCGCUGGGGCUGAAAUCCUCUUUUCUUUUCUGCUCGGGCUCUGGGAGAUGACGCUGGGAAGUAAUCCCCGGCUGGGAGCUCCCUGGCUGCUUUUCAGGUCCCAGCCUCUGCCUUGCGCCCUGAUGCUGCGGCACAGCCCGAGAUAACGCAGCCCCAGCCCGGCCGCGGAUCCCAGCGAGUGCGGGCAGAGCUCCUGGCCUCGGCCCUCCUGCUGCUGCCGAACCUCGCUGCAACCCACCGAGCCCCACCACAACUUCUGGAGCUCCGCUGCAGCCCCCCGAGCCCUGCUGCAGCCCACCGAGCCCCACCGAGGCGCCUUGCUGGGGGCGUGAGGACGAAGAAGCCCCCAGCAAGGAGCUGCCAAGAGCCGUGCUGUCCAUCCUGCGUGGGUGCCUGCCCCACAGCUCCAGGAGCCCCUCCAGGAUGGAGGAGAGGAGGAAAAAGCGGAGCCCCAGGGCCCAGCCGGCGCCUGCCGGGGCCCCACGGCCGCUGCCCAUCAGCAAGAGCGCGUCCUUCGCGCUGCCGCUGCCCUGCACUCCUCAGGCCCAGCAGCGCGCCAGGCCCCGGCGGGCGAGCAAGGAGAGAGUGCGGGCAGGUGGCACGGGGGCGGCACGGGGGGCUCCGCUGCAGCACAGCUUCCUCACUGAGGUCUCCGAUGUGUGCGAGAUGGAGGGGGGGCUGCUCAGCCUCCUCAGCGACUUCCACUCGGGCAAGCUGCAGGCUUUCGGGAAGGAGUGCUCCUUCGAGCAGCUGGAGCACGUGCGGGAGAUGCAGGAGAAGCUGGCGCGGCUGCACUUCGGCCUCGAUGUCUGCGUGGAGGAGCUCCCCGAGGAGCAGAAGAAGGCAGUGGCCGACAGGAACCUGGACCAGCUGCUGGUGCACCUGGAGGAGCUGAGCAGCUCCAUACAGAAGCUGCACCUGGCGGAGAGCCCCGGCCCUGAGGAGGCUGCAGCCUGACCCGGCACCGUCCCAGCUGCGAGGAGGAGGCUGCUGCGAGGAAGAGGCCCCAUGGGACGGGACGGGAGCAGCAG